AUGACCUACAGCUGUUCUUACAGUGCGAUAGGGCGGACGGCCUCUCUCUCUUUGACCUCACCUCUGGCGCUUCCCCUGCCCCUGCUGCUGAUGCUGACGCCACUGUUCGCUCCCAGUGGGCCACGCGCGAUGCUGCUGCACGUCUUGCUGUGCGUCGCCACCUCCCUACCUCCGAGCAUGCGCACUUUAGUCAGUACAAGAGUGCUCAGACCUUGUACGCCGCUGUAGUCGCGCGCUACUCCUCCCCUUCCACUGCUGCACUGAGCCGUCUCAUGCUGCCGUACCUCUUCCCUGACCUUGCUUCUUUUCCCACCGUUGCUGACCUCAUUACGCACCUCCGCACUAGUGACACUCGCUACCGCGCUGCACUUCCUGCUGACUUCUGCACCGCGAACCCCCCCCCCAUGUACAUCACUCUGUACUUCCUAGUCACUCGCCUCCCUGACUCCCUUCGAGUAGUCAGGGACCACUUUCUCUCAGUCUGUCCCACCACACUCACUGUAGACCUCCUCGAGAAGGCCCUCCUCGCGAUAGAAAAGAGCAUAGUCGCUGUAGGAGCCUCUCGAGGUGACCCGCGCACCCCCAUCUUUGAGGGUCGGUCGGUGCGGUGUCUGCCCCUAGCGGGAGACGCCGCCCUGGCAAGGGCAAGGGGGGCAAGGGAGCUGGAGGAGCGGGCGGUGGAGGUGGAGGUGGAGGCAGUGGGGGGAGUGGGGGUAGCGGUGGAGGUGGAGGUGGGGGUGGGGGGUUCGGUGGCGGCAGUGGAGGCGGAGGCCGCGGCGGCGGUGGCGGUGGUAGCGGAGGUGGCGGAGGAGGCGGCGGUGGAGGAGGCGGUGGAGGCGGCGGCGGCAGUGGAGGCAGCGGAGGCGGUGGAGGCGGUGGGGGUGGCGGUGGAGCUGGUCGCGGGUCUUUGCAGAGGAGUGGCUCCGGUGGUGGCUCGCGCCAGCAGCAGCAGCGUGGUCCCCGAUCCGGGCAUUGAGACUGCUGCUCUAGGUACUGGUGAGGCUGCUGCCCUAGGUGCUUACGACGCUGCUGCUCUAGGUGCUGGUGUGUCUGCGUCCUCAGGUACUGGUGAGUCUGCUCUCUCAGGUACCGCGUCGGCUUCGGCCUCCCUCACCUUCACUCUUGACUCUGGGGCGUCUCGCUCCUUCUUUCGGGACCGCACCACACUCACGCCGCUUAGUCGGCCGGUUGCGGUGUCUCUGGCUGACCCCUCUGGGAGUCCGGUCCUGUCUCGUUUCUCCACAGUCCUCCCGUGUCCGGCGGCUCCCUCUGGCACCCUGUCUGGUCUCUACCUCCCCUCGUUCUCGACGAACCUGGUGAGUGGUGCUGACCUACAGGAUGCGGGUGUCCACCAGUUCACACCUGCACGUCAGCGAGUGACCCACUGUACAGAGGCUGGCACAGGCCGACACCUGGCUACGUUCACCCGUCAGCCGGGGUCGAGCCUGUACACUCUGACCACUGCGUCUCCUCCAGUUGCUGAGUCUGGUAGGGUAGUUACGUCGGGUCAGGUGUUUGCUGCGGCGUCCAGGUCUGGUCCUGAGUCUGCCCCCUGUUCGUGUCGUCUCCUGUCUCACGAGACUCUCCUCUGGCACCACCGCCUUGGCCACCCCUCUCUGCUUCGGCUCAGAGGUAUGGCCUCCCGUCUUCUUGUGUCCGGUCUCCCCCGGUCCCUCCCUCCCCUUCCUCAGGGCCCUGGCCCUGCCUGUGUCCCCUGUGUCGAGGGGCGCCAGCGUGCUGCCCCUCACUCCUCCCAGUUUCCUUCGACAGAGGCCCCGUUGCAGACACUUCACAUGGACGUGUGGGGCCCAGCCCGCGUCCGUGGACAGGGUCACGAGCGCUACUUCCUGCUCGUUGUUGACGACUACUCGCGUUACACCACAGUCUUCCCCUUGCGCAGCAAGGGUGAUGUCACUGAGGUGCUGAUCGACUGGAUCCGCGCAGCUCGUCUCCAGCUCAGGCAGAGCUUCGGCUCGGACUUUCCUGUUCUGCGUCUGCACUCAGACAGAGGCGGAGAGUUCUCCUCUGGCCUUCUGCGUGCCUACUGUCGUGCACGGGGCAUCCGUCAGACCUUCACGCUUCCGGACUCACCGCAGCAAAAUGGGAUUGCUGAGCGCCGCAUUGGCAUGGUCAUGGACGUCGCUCGUACGUCUAUGAUGCAUGCGGCUGCCCCCCAUUUUCUGUGGCCGUUUGCGGUGAGGUACGCGGCGCAUCAGAUCAACCUCCACCCCAGGGUCUCCAGGCCGGAGACCUCCCCAGCCUUGCUGUGGACGGGGAAGGUUGGCGAUGCGUCGGCGUUCCGGGUCUGGGGAUCUCGGGCGUUUGUCCGCGACCUGUCUGCGGACAAACUAUCCCCUUGUGCUGCUCCUUGCGUCUUCCUGGGGUUCCCCCCUGACGCGCCUGGGUGGCAGUUUUACCACCCCACCUCUCGCCGUGUUCUGUCCUCCCAGGACGUCACGUUUGACGAGUCGGUCCCCUACUACCGCCUCUUCCCCUACCGCACUCCGUCCCUCCCCCCACCCCCACUCUUCCUGGUACCAGGUCCCCCCCAGGUAGACCCCCUCCCCCCUCAGGGUCCUGCCCCUUCAGGUGUGUCCCAGGUAGACGCAGUCGAGCCUGUCGAGGUCACUGGUGACUCUGGUGCUGCUGAGGGUGCUGAGGCUGGGGGUGCUGUACCUGGGGGUGCGGAGCCUAGGGGUGCUGGGCCUGGGGGUGCUACGUCUGGGGGUGCUGAGCCUAGGGGUGCUGAGCCUAGGGCCUAG